AUGUCACCUUGCAGACAUUGGAAACAAAACCAGAGGCAAUUGAAGUUUAUAUUCAGCGAACAAUUUUCGCUUUUUUCUUUUAUUGAUCUGCCAAUCGAAUUCUUUGUUUGCUAUCGGCUUAUUUAUCUCUCAUGCACAAAAAGUAUAUUUACAGGGCAUCUAAACAGUUUGCUCAUACCUAUCUAUCUAUCUAAGACUUUUUCCCUAUCUAUCUAUCUAUCUAUCUAUCUGUCUGUCUGUCUGUUCAUUAUCUAUCUAUCUAUCUAUCUAUCUAUCUAUCUAUGUAUCUCACUAUCUAUCUCAACCUGUUCAUUAUCUAUUUAUUUAAGUCUGUUAAUUAUCUAUCUAUCUAUCACUUCGCCUUUUUUUUCCCUCCUUUUUCGGCUGCCAUUCACAUUUCGCCCAUAUUUAUACGCCAUUUUCUAUCCCAGCUUGCCUUUUGAAAUUCCCAUUCAAUUCUACCCCACUUCCCACAGAAUGCCCUUAGCUGAUGACCUUCUUUUCUUUUUUCUUGUGCCAUUUUCUUUGCACGAAGCAAGAAUGAAAUAUUUCCAACGAAGGGUCAGUGGAAAAGAGGUAACAGAAAAUUUACUACCUAUCUAUCUAUCUAUCUAUCUAUCUAUCUAUCUAUCUAUUCAUUCCAGCCUCUUCUCACAUCUAUCUAUCUAUCUAUCUCCCCAAGCACAUACACAUCAUCAGACUUACAAAUUCAAAAAAUUUUGA